AUGGAUUUCCUGGAUGAAACCGUGAUCCACCCCAUGACUGCCUUUGCGCGCAACAGCCGCAUGCUUGUGCGUAAAUGCCAGAAGCCAAAUUACAGCGAGUUCAACGCCUCAGCCAUGGCCACACUCGUGGGGUUUGUGGUGAUGGGCCUUUUAGGCUUCUUCGUUAAGGUUGUUUUCAUUCCAAUUAAUAAUGUUGUACUCGGCGCUUGA